CAUCUUUUCCGGCGCUGGCUCCUCUCGGUCAGUGGGGUUUCGCCGUUAUGGUGGCGGAGUCAGCCGCGGCUGUGGUGAGUUCCGCCUGCUUGGCGGUUCCGUAGAUAGCAGGGGGCGGCAAAGGAAUGAUUGCGCGCCGUCGCGCAGGAGCCUUCCGCAGCCGGUUCACUUCGCUCGCUUCUCCAGGGACUAUCGGUCCUUCCUGCGCAGCCAGUUCCGAGAGGCUGCACACUCAGCUCACUGCAACCUCUGCAACCUCUGCCUCCUGGGUCAAGCAGUUCUCCUGCCUCAGCCUUCCGAGUACCUGGGAUUACAGGACCGCAAAUAACCCUCUACAAAGAGAAAUGGAGAUUGCCUCUAUCCACCUAGAUUCAUAAGCUGCCCUGAGGUGAUCUUGGCAUCAAGGAAGGGAUGCACAUCGCACUAUCAGCUUCAGAGAAUGGCAACCAUUGAUUUGUCCCAUGGGUUUUUUUCCAGGGAACCAGUCUGCCCUUUUGAAGAAAAGACAAAGGCAGAAAGGAUGGUGGAGGACUACCUGGCAAAUUCUUAUCAGGAUUCAGUGACGUUUGAUGAUGUGGCUGUGGACUUCACCCCGGAGGAGUGGGCUUUACUGGACACAACUGAGAAAUACCUUUACAGAGAUGUGAUGCUGGAGAACUACAUGAACCUGGCCUCCGUGGAAUGGGAAAUACAACCUAGAAUCAAACGGUCAUCAUUUCAGCAGGGUUUUUUGAAGAAUCAAAUAUCCAGUGGGAUACAAAUGACAAGAGGCUACAGUGGAUGGAAACUCUGUGACUGUAAGAAUUGUGGAGAGGUCUUCAGUGAACAGUUUUGCCUUAAGACACACAUGAGAGCUCACAAUGGAGGGAACACUUCUGAGGGUAAUUGUUACGGAAAAGACGUCCUCAGUGUGCACAAGGAAGCCUCUAUUGGACAGGAACUUUCCAAAUUUAAUCCAUGUGGAAAAGUCUUCACUCUAACUCCAGGCCUUGCUGUACAUCUUGAAGUUCUCAAUGCAAGACAACCCUACAAAUGUAAGGAAUGUGGAAAAGGCUUUAAGUAUUUUGCAAGCCUUGAUAAUCACAUGGGAAUCCACACUGAUGAGAAACUCUGUGAAUUUCAGGAAUGUGAGAGAGCCAUCACACCUUCCUCACAUCUAAAGCAAUGUGUAGCAGUUCAUACUGGAAAGAAAUCCAAAAAGACUAAGAAAUAUGGGAAAUCCUUCACUAAUUUUUCUCAACUUUAUGCACAUGUGAAAACUCAUAAAGGAGAGAAGUCCUUUGAAUGCAAAGAAUGUGGAAGAUCCUUUAGAAAUUCCUCAUGCCUUAAUGAUCACAUUCAAAUUCACACUGGAAUAAAACCACACAAAUGUACAUACUGUGGGAAAGCCUUCACUAGAUCAACUCAACUUACUGAACAUGUAAGAACUCACACUGGAAUAAAACCCUAUGAAUGUAAGGAAUGUGGCCAAGCCUUCGCUCAGUACUCGGGCCUUUCUAUACACAUACGAAGUCACAGUGGAAAGAAACCCUAUCAGUGUAAGGAAUGUGGGAAAGCCUUCACUACAUCCACAAGCCUUAUUCAACAUAUAAGAAUUCACACAGGAGAGAAGCCUUAUGAAUGUGUUGAAUGUGGGAAGACCUUCAUUACUUCUUCCCGUCGUAGUAAACAUUUGAAAACUCACAGUGGAGAAAAGCCCUUUGUAUGCAAGAUAUGUGGGAAAGCAUUUCUGUAUUCCUCACGCCUUAACGUUCACCUGCGAACUCAUACCGGAGAGAAACCCUUCGUAUGUAAAGAAUGUGGGAAAGCAUUUGCUGUUUCCUCACGCCUAAGUAGACAUGAAAGAAUUCACACUGGGGAGAAACCCCAUGAAUGUAAGAGUAUGAGUGUUACCAUUUAGCCCAUCAGUUGCCAUCUUUAAUUAUUGGCAAUGACACCAAAGAUUAUCAGAUUUGUCCUAAAUGCCUUGCGGAGGUUGUAAUGGCUCAUGGAUUGGCUUUGGAUGCCAUCCUGAAGGUCUGAAAUUAAACCUACAGGUUCUGAAUACAACUUCAUGGUUGCCUAAGUCUGGGCAUCUGUGAAGAAGGGUCAUGGAUGGUGAGGUCAGUACUGAAGCCUGCCUCACCUUGGUGACUAGAUUCCUAAGAUCAUAGCGUUGACAAGUUCUGUAUGAGAUACAUCAUGCAGAUUGAUCCCAGCCCCUGUUGAUUAGUGGCUGCCAGUGUGGCACAUUUAUGUCACAAUUUACCAGAAACCAAGAUGAUGUAGGACCCCAGAGGUGGGUUGUUAAGAGAUGCUCCUCCAAGGGUCUCUUCUAUUUCCCAGAUCCUGCAGAGCAUGGCAGGAAUGAAACCAUCCUUAACUGCCAGUGCACUUUCACAGCUGAUUAUUUCUGUGUCCCCUUGUAAAAUCUAAGAAGUGUGACAGCCUUGCCUGUUCUACCUUGUAUGUCUAUUUUAGGUGGCACAAUGUAGGUGGCAGUGGCUCUUCUAGUAUAAUCCAGUCUCUCACUCCUCUUAAGAUGGCUGAUAUAGUCCAUGAAUCCCACUCAUGAUCUCUUUAUCAAAUGAUUGUUCAGCCACACUUUCAGGAUUCUCUUCAGCACAAGUUUUCUAAUUUUUGCAGUAUGGAUAGGUUGAGAAUUUUCCAAAUCUCCAGGUUCUGGAUCCUUUUUCCUUAACAGUUGCUUCUGCAAUUCAAGUCUCCUCUUUGGAUUUCCCUGUAAGCAGUCAGGAAGAAUGAAGCUUCCAGUGUCUUUUAACACUUUAAUUACAGAUGUUGGUGAUAAAUACCUAAUUUUAUCUCUCUCAAGCUCUACCUUGCACAAAAUGCUAGAAUACAGUUCUGCCAAGUUCUUCACCGCUUCA